GUGCAGCCACAUGAGUGGGGAUGGAUUGUGGCACCACUACAGUUGUAGUUGACUCUUUAAUUCAGCUCUUUAGCUAUUUUUCCCUUUUAAUUCAUUUAAAGCAUAUUACUUUAAGCAGCUUUCUUUUUUCGUCAUCAUUAUAAAUUUAUCACCGCCUGUCUUAAUGUGCUGCUGACCCUGUCUAUUUGCAGUUAACAACUAAUGCUAGCUCGAUGCUAACUUGACAGGGUAACCGCGUUGACACCAUACAAAGGUCAUCACUCGUCUUUUAUGCUCAUUCACCUCGUUUCGCUGUUCAGUCGUCAUGGAAGACGAAGCCUUCACUGACAUUUGCGGUAAACCAAUCUCUCUGGACUGUCAGAGUCACUCCAGCUUUUGCAGGGAGUUCAUUAUCAGCUCCCCAAAAGUGUCCAUGGGCAAAGUGAUGGUAUACACCUGCUCCGUGUGGCUUCUGGCAUAUGCAGUGUUCUUCUUCACCCAGAACACUGCCGUUCUGUCUGGCGCUAUUCUUGUCACCCUUGUUGGCAUGAUGCUUCACAUCCACUUUGUGAAGGUAGACCACGAGUCCCUUCUCGUCAUUGGCUCCUUAGGCAUCCAGGUGUCCUCCAGCUAUGCCUCGGGCCGCGAGAUAACCACUUUCAUUGAGAUGAGCAAGAUCAAGGAUAUCGUCAUCAAUGAAGCUAUUUACAUGCAUCAGAUUAUCUACUACCUCUGUGUACUGUUGAAGGACCCCUCAGAGCCCGAUGCAGUGUCAAGUGUUGUGCCAUUGUUUCAGAGUUCAAAGCCAAGGCUGAACUGCUUGGUGAAAGUCUACAAAAGCUGUCAGGAGAUUCUUUCAAAGUGCCAAUGAAGCACAUGUCAUACAGGAACACCUGAGGUCAUUCACCAUGUUUUUCUUUUAGCCUCUUCCUUGUUUGUGUUAAUACAUCUUAGGUGUAUUUUAUAUACAUUGCAUUUCUUAAUGUUUUGCUUUCAAGGAUAAUGGUGUCAUAAUGUUGUACUGUGUUACAUGAUUAAUUUAAAAUAAAUAAAACACUGGUCUUGA